CGAGGCGUCAGGUCGGAUCUCUAUUCAGCCACAAGGGGCUCAAGGAGUCACAACUCUGCAAAACACCUGGUCUCCAUGCGGAUCUAUUAUGACAUGUUUCCUGAUGGUUUAAAUCAUCCCGGCGCAUCUCUCUACAGUCUCUCUCAAAUCUUUAUUUUGUUUUUGAAUGGGAUCAUAGAUACAGAAUUUUUUAAUGGAUAAAAAAUGGAAAAGAUUUAUGGACAUCUGGCUUUAUAUAUUUCGAGCCGAAAACGAAUAAAAAAAAAAGAAUGAAGUCAAGUUUUUGUUUCCAUCAAGCUGUGCCAUUUCUCUGACUGGAUGGCGCGCAGCGGGCACCUGAGAUGACUUACAUCAAUGGAUGACAUAAAAGUGGAAGUUAUGGAACAUUCUGGGCAACUGGAACCAACUCAACCCGUCAACAUCUCUAAUGACAGUUUUGUUUCCCACUCACCAGCUGCAGCCGAGAGCGCAGAGAGCCUCAUCUAUCAGAUCUCUCUGGCUGCGAUCCUCUCUGUCAUUACGCUCGCCACCACUUUAUCCAACGCCUUUGUCAUUGCAACUAUUUCCCAAUCCAAGAAGCUGCAAACUCCAGCGAACUUUCUAAUUGCCUCUCUGGCUGUCACUGACCUCCUGGUGUCCAUAUUGGUGAUGCCCAUCUGCGUCUUGUACACUGUGAUCCACACCUGGACGCUCGGGCAGAUCGUUUGCGACAUUUGGCUUUCAUCAGACAUAACAUGUUGCACCGCAUCCAUACUGCAUCUAUGCGUAAUUGCACUGGAUAGAUACUGGGCCAUCACUGACGCGGUGGAGUACUCCAAAAAGCGCACGCCGGGGCGCGCAGCCGGCAUGGUGGCCACAGCCUGGGUCAUCGCCAUCUCCAUCUCCCUCCCGCCUCUCUUUUGGAGGCAGGUGAAGGCAGACGAGCUAACAAGCUGCAGUGUCAACACAGAUCACAUCUUUUACACCAUAUACUCCACCUUCGGGGCGUUCUACAUCCCCACCCUUCUCCUCAUCGUCCUGUAUGGGAGGAUAUACGUGGAGGCGCGUAAACGUAUUCUCAAACAGUCUCCAAAGAAGGUUGGGAAGAGACUCACCUCCGCGCACUUGGUCACCAACUCUCCUGGAUCCGUGGCGUCCACGACCUCCCUGCAGUGCGGGAGGCAUGACACUCCGUCCAGUGAUACCGGCUCUGCAACCAGUGAGAACCAGGUCAAAGUUACGGUAUCGGACGCGCUUCUGGAGAAAAAGCGCAUUUCUGCAGCCAGAGAGAGAAAAGCGACCAAGACUCUCGGGAUAAUCCUCGGCGCGUAUAUCGUCUGCUGGCUUCCAUUUUUCAUUUACACCUUGCUGGUGGCCACAUGUGACUCAUGUUUAAACCCUGAGUUGUUCGACUUUUUCACCUGGUUAGGAUACCUGAACUCUCUGAUUAACCCCAUCAUUUACACCAUGUCUAACGAAGACUUCAAGAAGGCUUUCCAAAAACUCAUCCGCUUCAAAUGCUGCAGGUCCUGAACCGUUUCCUGAAAACUGAAAUGGGCUUAAGUAUGUUUAAUAUAAAACCGGCGGAUGUCCGGGUCAAUUAACCUCACUGGAGAUUUCUUAAGACUUUCUAAAUUACGCAUGAUGUUUCCAUUUUGUACCUGUGAACGAAGCAUUGCACUUUAACCGGUUUAUUUGCCACUGUAGUUCAAAUAUUUUAAUGAAUUAUAAAAAAUAAUAAUAAUAAUUAAGGAAAAUUUAAUCUACCACAAAUAAUUCAAUACAAUUGUUAUCAAUGAAAUAGUGAUCUAAAAGAUUUGCAUAAUCCUCCCUUUUAAUUUUUUGUUUUCCGGUCAUUUCUUAUCCUCCUUUUUUCUGGUACCAUAGGAGGUUUCCCACCAGUCAUGCGUCCUAACCCGCCUUUACAGCCAUUAUUUUAUGAACUACUUUGUGUCUACUGUAGGGAAAUAUAAUUUUAUGAAUCUGUCGACAAGAGGCCACUUAGAUUUGUGAUUAGAUGUCAUAUUUUUCAUAUUUCAUAUGACUCAGAAAGGCCAAAUUGGGAUUAGAUCUAAAAAAAGAUGGAAAUGCAAAACAUCAUACGGGUGAAUUAAAUCAUACAUUGAAUUAAGGAGAUUUUAAAGCUAUUUAAGGGCUUGAAAUAGUUAAUCGAACCUCAUAUGGAAUCAGUGAAACACCUUGGGUAUUAAAUAAUUAAUUUGUAGGCAGAGGUGGAUAGAGUACCCAAAAAUGUUACUCAAAUAUAAGAGUAGCACUACUUCAUCACACUUUUUGGUAAAAUGGCUACCCAGUUAUUGAGUAAAUGAUCUACUUACUACCCAUGAUUAAGACAACGGAUUUAAUAUUUUACAAAAUGAUGCAAAAUUUGACAAAAUAUUAAGUAAUUUGCAAAUUCCGGUGUUUUAAAGAGUGGAUAAAAUUAAAGAUAAAACAUACAAUAAUUACGCAAUACAUUUUUGGUGGAAAGAGCACUCUUCAAAAUACACUUUUUGAGUUAUAAAACAAAAUCAAUACGCCUGUGUUAAUUUGCAGACAUUAGGGUCAUGGCAAACAUAAAAGGGCUUCAAUUGAAAGAAAAUGGACACCUAUUGAAAGACUUGACAAAAACUCCUGGAUAAAUGUUGAAACAUUAUCAAAAAAAACCUGAAUGACAAUCUGGUUGCCUUCUAAUUUAAGCCCAUUUUGUGGUUACAAAAUUAAUAGUUAUAGUAUGUAUAAAAUACAUUAAACUGCAGUAUAUUGUUUACUUUAUUUUCACUAAACCUCCAAUUGAGCAAAUAGCAUUUAACCAAUAAGCCUUCAGUACAAAAAAAGAAUAAAGCUUGUCUCUCAGUGGGGCAUAUUUGUUUAAACAAGCUUGUUUUCAUGAAGUGAAGUCACUCAUAAUGGAUGGAGUAUCCAGAAAGUUGACUCAUUUAGAAGUAGCAAUACUUCAUCAUCUAAAAGUACUCAAAUAAAAGUUAAAAGUGCAAUGCUGUUAAAUUAUUCUUAAAAGUCCUUUUUUCAAAAAUGCACUCACAUAAAUGUAACUGAGUAAAUAGUUACAACUAAACUCUGUCUACAGGAAAGGUAGCUUUUCGGAAAGCUAUGACUUCUUAUCAGACACACAAAAAAAUACAAACCCAGAUUAAGUCAUGCAGAUAGAGAAUUUUUACGUUUAUUUGAGCCAUACAACCAAGUUUGUAUUAUAAUAUCUAUAUAUAGAAAAAAUAAAGUAAUAUUUAUUACUUUGUCAUUGAAAGUUGACUCUCGACGCCCCCAUCGGGUAGGAAUAGGAAUAGCCAGCAGGUAGAUAUCGAGCAUUGCAUAGAGCUAUUUAAUAGCCCAGCAAUACUGCAAAGUUACGAAAUGGUAAAGUGGCAAAAUGAACACAGCACCAGUUAAUGAUAAUCCUGUACAGGUUUAAUGAAUAUGAUUAUAUGCAUCGUAAGAUGUGCAUGAAGAAAAGAAAAUCAAGAUUUACAUCUAUAUACAUAUAAUUUGUGUCCAAAUAAAAAUGGAAAAAUAACUUUCACCUAAAUGUUAAAGGUAUAGUGGAGGAUUUUUGGCAAUUUUUUGAGAAGA